GCCCAGCGCCGGCGUGGGAGGGAGCGGCUCCAGCCUCGGCAGCGGCAGCAGGAAGAGACCUCUGCUCGCCCCCCUGUGCAACGGGCUCAUCAACUCCUAUGAGGACAAAAGCAACGACUUCGUGUGCCCUAUCUGCUUUGAUAUGAUUGAGGAAGCAUACAUGACGAAAUGUGGCCACAGCUUUUGCUACAAGUGUAUUCAUCAGAGUUUGGAGGAUAAUAAUAGAUGUCCCAAGUGUAACUAUGUUGUGGAUAAUAUUGACCAUCUGUAUCCUAAUUUCUUGGUGAAUGAGCUCAUUCUCAAACAGAAGCAAAGAUUUGAGGAAAAGAGGUUCAAAUUGGACCACUCAGUGAGUAGCACCAAUGGUCACAGGUGGCAAAUAUUUCAGGAUUUGUUGGGAACUGAUCAAGAUAACCUUGAUUUGGCCAAUGUCAACCUCAUGUUGGAAUUACUAGUCCAGAAGAAGAAACAACUGGAAGCAGAAUCACAUGCAGCCCAACUACAGAUCCUUAUGGAAUUCCUCAAGGUUGCAAGAAGAAAUAAAAGAGAGCAAUUGGAACAGAUCCAGAAGGAGCUGAGUGUUUUGGAAGAGGAUAUUAAAAGAGUGGAAGAAAUGAGCGGCUUGUACUCUCCUGUCAGUGAGGAUAGCACAGUGCCUCAGUUUGAAGCUCCUUCUCCAUCACACAGUAGUAUUAUUGAUUCCACAGAAUACAGCCAGCCUCCUGGUUUCAGUGGCAGUUCUCAGACAAAGAAACAGCCUUGGUAUAACAGCACAUUAGCAUCAAGAAGAAAACGACUCACUGCUCAUUUUGAAGACUUAGAGCAAUGUUACUUUUCUACAAGGAUGUCUCGUAUUUCAGAUGAUAGUCGAACUGCAAGCCAGUUGGAUGAAUUUCAGGAAUGCUUGUCUAAGUUUACUCGAUACAAUUCAGUACGACCUUUGGCUACAUUGUCAUAUGCUAGUGAUCUCUAUAAUGGUUCCAGCAUAGUCUCUAGUAUUGAAUUUGACCGGGAUUGUGACUAUUUUGCAAUUGCUGGGGUUACAAAGAAAAUUAAGGUCUAUGAAUAUGGCACAGUCAUUCAGGAUGCGGUGGAUAUUCAUUACCCUGAAAAUGAAAUGACCUGCAAUUCCAAAAUCAGCUGUAUCAGUUGGAGUAGUUACCAUAAGAAUCUGUUAGCCAGCAGUGAUUAUGAAGGCACCGUCAUCCUAUGGGAUGGAUUUACAGGACAGAGGUCAAAGGUUUAUCAGGAGCACGAGAAAAGGUGUUGGAGUGUUGACUUUAAUUUGAUGGAUCCUAAACUCUUGGCUUCAGGUUCUGAUGAUGCAAAAGUGAAGCUAUGGUCUACCAACCUAGACAACUCAGUGGCAAGCAUUGAGGCGAAGGCUAAUGUGUGCUGUGUUAAAUUCAGCCCCUCUUCUAGAUACCAUUUGGCUUUCGGCUGUGCAGAUCACUGUGUCCACUACUAUGAUCUUCGUAACACUAAACAGCCAAUCAUGGUAUUCAAAGGACACCGAAAAGCAGUCUCUUAUGCAAAGUUUGUGAGUGGUGAGGAAAUUGUCUCUGCCUCAACAGAUAGCCAGCUAAAGCUGUGGAAUGUAGGGAAACCAUACUGUCUACGUUCCUUCAAGGGUCACAUCAAUGAAAAAAACUUUGUAGGCCUCGCUUCCAAUGGCGAUUAUAUAGCUUGUGGAAGCGAGAACAACUCCCUUUACUUGUACUAUAAAGGACUUUCUAAGACUUUGCUAACUUUUAAGUUUGAUACGGUCAAAAGUGUUCUGGAUAAAGACCGAAAAGAAGAUGAUACAAAUGAAUUUGUUAGUGCUGUGUGCUGGAGGGCAUUGCCAGAUGGGGUGAAAAUGAACCAGUAAUUUCAAGUCCUAUUUUGAACCAUCAGCCAAGAUGAUAUAUAAUUUCCAUUCUUUUUAUUUCUACCGACCUUCAUAAAAACUGGAAAGAAUGUUAUACACUGCCCUUUUUAAGAUGUUGGUCAACUUUCUUGUAGUAUUUAUUUCAUCUCCUUUAUUUCAUGGUGCUAUCGAAGUUAACAGCAUGCUCUCCCAUCUUCAUGUUUGCUAUGUGGUCUGUUUUGCUUUAGGAUUACAAUUUUUACUUUUAAUUACUCUCAUUUAAAGAUGGAA